CGGUUCUCGGUUCCUUCCAGAAUGUCUGGAAAGUUCUCCGCUUCAGCGGCUUGACUGGCACUCAUUCACGCGUGGACUUUGCACGCUUUGCUUGACGACUCGUUUACGUGACGUUUGUAUUAGCGCGUUGGUAAAACAAACGCUAGUAGCAUUAUUAGCUGGAUUAAGCGCAGUAGGCGGGUGUUGUGUUUUGAGUGCUAGUUCAAGUCAGGCUUAGGUUCACCCUCUAUCUCUCCCCUCGUUUUUUUUUUGUUUUUUUUUUUUUUUACAAUGACCGCCGAGGAGCAAACGAACGAAGGGCACCACACCAUCCCCAUGGAAGGGGAGGACAUCACGCCCAAGAAAGAUGGAGGUGUUUUGAAGCUGGUGAAAAGGGAAGGCACUGGUGCAGAGUUUCCAAUGACUGGGGACAAAGUUUUUGUUCACUACGUGGGGACCCUUCUGGAUGGCACUCCAUUUGAUUCCAGUCGAGAGGGCGGAGAGAAGUUCUCCUUUGAGCUGGGCAAAGGCCAAGUCAUAAAAGCGUGGGACAUCGGCGUGGCCACUAUGAAAGAGGGUGAGCUCUGCCAGUUCAUCUGUAAGCCAGAGUAUGCGUAUGGGUCUGCGGGUAGCCCACCCAAGAUCCCUCCCAACGCCACACUUGUUUUUGAGGUGGAACUUUUUGAUUUCCGGGGUGAGGAUUUAACAGAAGAUGAGGAUGGCGGGAUUAUCCGUCGCAUUAUCACCAGAGGGCAAGGAUAUGCCAAGCCUAAUGAAGGAGCCUCUGUUGAAGUGAGCGUGGAGGGCUCCUGCGAGGGUCGUGUGUUCGAUGAGAGGGAACUCAAGUUCGAGGUUGGAGACGGAGACAGUCACGGCUUGCCAGCCGGUGUGGAGAAAGCCAUCAUGGCCAUGGAGCAGGGAGAGGUGUCUCUGUUUUACAUCAAAUCGAAGUAUGGUUUUGGGGACACUGGAAGCUCCAAAUACAACAUCCCCAGCGGGGCACUCUUGCAGUACAAGAUCAAGCUGACAGCCUUCGAAAAGGCCAAAGAAUCGUGGGAGAUGAAUGCAUCAGAGAAGUUGGAACAAAGCGUGGUCGUGAAAGAGAAGGGCACUCAGUAUUUUAAGGAGGGUAAGUUCAACCAGGCGUCUGUGCAGUACAAGAGGAUUGUAUCGUGGCUCGAGAACGAGUCAGGGUUGUCGGAGGAGGAGGAGAACAAGGCCAAAGCACUCCGGCUGGCUGCUCAUCUCAACUUGGCCAUGUGCUACCUGAAGCUCAAAGAGCCCAACCAAGCACUAGAAAAUUGUAACAAGGCCUUGGAGUUGGACAAGUCCAGCGAGAAGGCGCUGUUCCGAAGGGGCGAGGCAUUGUCUGGCAUGAAGGAGUUUGACAAGGCCAGGGAUGACUUUCAGCGUGUUGUUCAACUUUAUCCCUCCAAUAAGGCUGCCAAGAGUCAGAUUGUUCUUUGUCAGAAGCAAAUCAGGGAGCAGCACGAGAAGGACAAGCGUACAUAUGCCAACAUGUUCCAGAAGUUUGCAGAGAGGGACUCAAAGAAAGCCUUUGAGAAGGUGAAGAGCAAGGAACACGGCGAUGGUGAUGAUAUGGAAAUAGAGGCUGGCAACAAGGAAGCAGAGGGUGACGUGAAACCCCAAACAGCGUAAAUUCUGACAGUUGUGUUCUUCUGACCUUUGUUACUUUAGCCAUUUGUGUUUUAAGUGUAAAUGUGUGUGUGCGUGAGAGAUGAGAGUGCGUUAAGGAGAGCACUGACUUAACCAGCUUUUAUCGUCCGGGCCUCUUGUUGUCGUUAGUUGUGGCGAACUGAGCAAGUGUGACGUGGUUAAUAUUUGUGUCCUCCCCACCCCUGAACACCUUUCAACCUGCAGCUUUAUAAGUGUGUUUCACAGCUACAAUGGUACCUCUACUUAUGAACAUCUCUAGUAGCGAAAAAUUCAGGUUAUGAAACUCCUCUGAAAAAUACUCACUAGUUAACGAAGGCAAAUUCAGGACACAAAAGGCCAAACAUACACGCUGGAUUCGCAGCCCCCAAAUUCCACUGAACGUCUGUUUGAAAGCGGCGCAAUAGAGCCUCUCCCAUUGGCUGUCGCCGUAGCAUCUUCCUCCCAUCCUAUUAGCUAGGAGGGACGUUAGUCUUUACCCAUGAUGCUUUACGUCCCCCUUGGACACUCGACUGUCACCGAAUCAUGCUGGUGCUGUCACAUCCGAGCAAACAUUAGAAAAGUACAACUUUCUUGUGUUUUUUUUAUUGUUGUUGCAAGUGUAUUCAUCUUUCUACACCACGGGCCCCAAGAAACCUUGGUGGAAUUAAGGUGUGUGUUUGCUUACGUAUGUUUUCUCUCGGCUGUCAAACGUUUGGCUCCUCCUCUGUCCCCCACAAUCCCUUUUGGUUGUCACUCACCUUUCUCUUCGCAUAGUCACCCAACGCCAAAGAUAAAUGAACAUAAUUAUUAUUCUUUACAUUAUGUACUUGGAAUGCUUCUUUUGGCAGGGGGCUUGGAACAGAUUAGGCUGUUUACAUGUAAAAUACGGUUCUACUUGAGGAAGAAUUACUUUACCAAACGGCUUUGGGAAUGGAUGAAUUUUGUAAGUAGAGGUAUCACUUUAUUUUACAUUAGUGUGUAUCAUGUGUAGAGAAUUGAAAAGCCUUCAUUGUAAAGGGCUAUUCACCUUGCACUAUGUUUGAUCUCUACCCUUCAUCCAUCCAUUCAUUCAUUUUAGCCUCCGCUUUCUGGGCCUACUGAUCAAUUCUGGAACCCACAAUGGCUGUAUACUCGGAUAUGAAAUGCUGGAAUGUUCCAAAAUAUCUAUGUAUGUAGCAGGUGAUUAUGUGAAUUUUGUGGUAAACAGUUGGACUUGAGUUUUCUUCUUGAACUCUCUGGCAAAGCCGUUUUAGGUUUGGAUUUACCCACUAGUGCUUUCGGGACUAUUGACUAUGUACUUUGGAUUACUUUUUUUUUUUUUUUCCCUCUCCCCCUCAAAUCCCCCCCCCCCCCCAAAAAAAGAAAAAGUGGUGGUGUUGUGAUUUCUGAAUUGUCAAUACGACAGAAAGUAAUCAACUGGAAUAUCUGGGCAUCUGAACGAGCAUCAAAGCAGCUACACAGGACCCAUGAGCUCGUUCGACCGUCUUAAUUCUCUGCUUUGUGUACGAAGUUUUGCAGUUUCAGCCUCUCUGCAGUGGAAAAGCCACUUUGGGUCUACUACUUUGUUUGGAAGAUUGUGGCAUGUUAUGGUGUCGCCUGGCGGAAGGAUACAAUAAAGAUUUGUUUAAACCUG